AUUAUAUCUAUAAGUAGUCAGAUUCAAUUGCUUUGUUCAUAUAAGUACAAAUCUCGGUUUUGUGUUUAGCCUUUCAGUUUCUGUUUCAGUUUUGAUUUCCGAGUGAAUUUGAAAAAGGAACCAAUUACGAAAGGUCUUAGCAUACAAUGUCGUCGUCUUAUAAUGGAGCGAAGUCUAGGACUAAUCCUUUUAAUGAUGCGUCUAAUCUUAUAGAUUUAGAUUUAGAAGCUAAUUCCAAUUUGCAUCCUCCCCAUAAUGGACAUCCUUCAUCAUCUACUAAUGUAAAUGGUAAUGGUAAUAGUAAUGUUAAUAUUAAUCCAUUCGGAAAUGAUGAUUUUGAUGAUGAUGAUGACGAUUUUAAUUUAUCAGAUGAUGAUUAUGAUCAUCAUAAUACAACAUCCGGAACCUAUGAUACGUAUAAUAAUCAUAGUACUAAUAAUUCUCGAGAAGUUCCAUUAUUAAAUUCUACCAAUGGGUCAAAACCUAAGAAUUUCCGAUUGUUUGGAUCCAAUAGAAAUCAAGAUUAUAUAGAUAUGACUAAUAACAAUAACAUUAAUAAUAAUAAUAAUAAUAAUAAUAAUAAUCAAGAUGUUGGUGGACUGACUGAUUUUGAUAUUCGAAAGAUAUUUCGAAAGUUAAAUGUAUUUUCAAGAUCAAAUAAAAAUACCAAAAAUCCAAUUGAUCAUGGUCCAAGACAUGUUCAUAUUUUAGAUCAUCAAGCUAAUUCAUCAUUUGGUUAUUAUGGAAAUCAUAUUUCUACUACUAAAUAUAAUAUUGCAACAUUUUUACCUAAAUUUUUAUUUGAACAAUUUAGUAAAUAUGCUAAUUUAUUCUUUUUAUUUACUUCAGCCAUUCAACAAGUACCGAAUGUAUCACCAACAAAUAGAUAUACUACAAUUGGUACAUUAAUUAUUGUUCUUUUAGUGUCUGCUAUAAAAGAAAUUUCUGAAGAUUUUAAACGAGCAAAUGCUGAUAAUGAACUUAAUAAUACUCGAGUUCAAGUUCUUGAUCCUCAUACUGGAGAAUUUAUUCAUAAAAAAUGGAUUCUGGUUAAAGUUGGAGAUAUAGUUAAAAUUAAUAAUGAAGAAGCAUUUCCAGCAGAUUUAUUAUUAAUAAGUUCAUCUGAACCAGAAGGAUUAUGUUAUAUUGAAACAGCUAAUUUAGAUGGAGAAACUAAUUUAAAAAUUAAACAAUCUAAUCAAGAAACUGCUAAUUUAUUAAAUCCUCAUGAUUUAGUAAAUAAAUUAUCAAAAUCAGAAAUUUUAUCUGAACAACCAAAUAGUUCAUUAUAUACUUAUGAAGGAACUUUAAAAAAUUUUGAAAAUAUUGAUGUACCAUUUAAUCCCGAACAAUUACUUUUAAGAGGAGCAACAUUAAGAAAUACUCAAUGGAUUCAUGGAAUUGUAAUAUUUACUGGUCAUGAAACUAAAUUAAUGCGUAAUGCAACUGCUACUCCAAUUAAACGUACAGAUGUUGAAAGAAUUAUUAAUUUACAAAUUAUUGCAUUAUUUUGUAUUUUAAUAGUAUUAUCACUUGUAUCAUCAAUUGGAAAUGUUAUUAAAAGUACAGUUAGUAGAAGUUCAUUAACUUAUUUAAAUUUAGAAGGUACAAGUACUUCAAAAUUAUUCUUUCAAGAUCUUUUAACUUAUUGGAUUUUAUUUUCAAAUUUAGUUCCAAUUUCAUUAUUUGUUACAGUUGAAAUUAUUAAAUAUUAUCAAGCAUUUAUGAUUGGUAGUGAUUUAGAUAUGUAUUAUGAAGAAACUGAUACUCCAACUGGAGUUAGAACUUCAUCAUUAGUUGAAGAAUUAGGUCAAAUUGAUUAUAUAUUUAGUGAUAAAACUGGUACAUUAACUAGAAAUAUUAUGGAAUUUAAAAGUUGUUCAAUUGGUGGUAGAUGUUAUAUUGCUGAAAUUCCUGAAGAUGGUCAAGCCCAAAAUAUUGAUGGAAUUGAAAUUGGUUAUCAUACAUUUAGUGAAAUGUAUCAAGAAUUAAGAAAUACUUCACUGGAACAAUCAGCUAUAAUUAAUGAAUUUUUAACUUUAUUAAGUACUUGUCAUACAGUUAUACCAGAAGUUAAUGAUACAACAGGUCAAAUUAAAUAUCAAGCUGCAUCACCUGAUGAAGGAGCUUUAGUUCAAGGAGCUGCUGAUUUGGGAUAUAAAUUUAUUAUUCGUAGACCAAAAGGUGUUACCAUUGAAAAUACUGUAGCACAAAUUAAAUCAGAAUAUGAAUUAUUAAAUAUUUGUGAAUUUAAUUCUACAAGAAAGAGAAUGUCAGCAAUUUUUAGAUGUCCUGAUGGAAUUAUACGACUCUUUUGUAAAGGAGCUGAUACAGUUAUUUUAGAAAGAUUAUCAAAGGAUGAACUUCAACCAUUUGUUGAAGCAACUACAAGACAUUUAGAAGAUUUUGCAGCUGAAGGUUUAAGAACUUUAUGUAUUGCAUCAAGAAUUAUUAGUGAAGAAGAAUAUCAAGAUUGGGCAAUUAAAUAUCAUGAAGCUUCAACUUCAUUAGAUAAUAGAAGUGAUAAAUUAGAUUCAAUAGCUGAAUUAAUUGAAACUAAUCUUUUCUUAUUAGGAGCUACUGCAAUUGAAGAUAAAUUACAAGAUGGAGUUCCAGAAACAAUUCAUACAUUACAACAAGCUGGAAUAAAAAUUUGGGUUUUAACUGGUGAUAGACAAGAAACUGCCAUUAAUAUUGGUAUGUCAUGUAAAUUACUUAGUGAAGAUAUGAAUAUGUUAAUUGUUAAUGAAGAAACUAAAAAUAAUACUCGAUUAAAUUUAGAAGAAAAAUUAACAGCUAUUAAUGAACAUCAAUUUGAUUUAGAAGAAGGAGCUUUAGAAUCUUCUUUAGCAUUAAUUAUUGAUGGACGUUCAUUAUCAUUUGCAUUAGAACCAGAAUUGGAAGAUUUAUUUAUUCAAUUGGGUAGUAAAUGUAAAGCUGUUAUUUGUUGUAGAGUAUCUCCAUUACAAAAGGCAUUAGUUGUUAAAAUGGUUAAAAGAAAGAAAAAAUCUUCAUUAUUAUUAGCUAUUGGAGAUGGAGCAAAUGAUGUAUCAAUGAUUCAAGCUGCCCAUGUUGGAGUUGGAAUUAGUGGUAUGGAAGGUAUGCAAGCAGCUAGAAGUGCAGAUAUUUCAAUUGGACAAUUUAAAUAUUUAAGAAAAUUAUUACUUGUUCAUGGAUCUUGGUCUUAUCAUCGUAUAUCAAAUGCAAUUUUAUAUUCAUUUUAUAAAAAUUGUGCAUUAUAUAUGGUACAAUUUUGGUAUGUAUUUGUUAAUGGAUUUUCUGGUCAAUCAUUAUUUGAAUCAUGGACUUUGACUUUAUAUAAUGUAUUUUUUACAGUAUUUCCUCCAUUUGUUAUAGGAGUAUUUGAUCAAUUUGUUAGUGCAAGAUUAUUAGAUCGUUAUCCACAAUUAUAUCAAUUAGGUCAACUGAGAAAAUUCUUUAAUGUCCCAAUAUUUUGGGGUUGGGUAGUUAAUGGAUUUUAUCAUUCAGGACUUAUUUUCUUAUGUUCAUUUUUUAUAUUUCAACAUGGAGAUCAACUUUCAAGUGGUCUUAUAGCUGAUCAUUGGGCUUAUGGAGUUGCAGUUUAUACAACUUGUACUUUAACUGCUUUAGGUAAAGCCGCAUUAGUCGUAUCAAUGUGGACAAAAUUUACAUUAUUUGCAAUUCCUGGUUCAUUUAUAUUUUGGUUAGGAUUUUUCCCAAUUUAUUCAAUUAUUGCUCCAAGAAUUCAUAUAUCUCGAGAAUUUUGGGGAGUUUUAAAUGCUACAUAUCCUGCUUUAACAUUUUGGGCAAUGGUAUUUGGUUUACCAGUAUUAUGUUUACUUCGAGAUUUAGUAUGGAAAUAUUAUAAAAGAAGUUAUAUACCAGAAAGUUAUCAUUAUGUUCAAGAAAUUCAAAAAUAUAAUAUUCAAGAUCAUAGACCAAGAAUGGAAUUAUUUCAAAGAGCAAUUAGAAAAGUUAGACAAGUACAAAGAAUUAAAAAACAAAGAGGAUUUGCCUUCUCACAAGUUGAAGAUAAAAAUCAAGAAAAAAUUGUAAGACUUUAUGAUACUACAAAAAAGAGAGGUGCCUUUGGUGAGUUAUCUGAAGGAUCAGGAUCAGAAAUUAAAUUAUCACAAUAUUAAGGGGAGAGAGGAGUAUUGUGUAUCCCUUUUGUAUAUAAGUACACGACCCACCCAUACAGUUUUUUUUUUCAACCGUAUAAAUUUUUUUUAACAUCUCUGAGUCAGACUAUAUAGCUGAUGGU